UCGCGCCAUUUCGGGAAGCAGUAAGAAUUGAUUUUACACGGUUUAUAAUAGGAAAGGUGCCGAUGUACUGAAAUAUUGUUUCUGAUUUUUUCGCUGGAGGUAGUUUGUAGCAGCGACCUAACAACUUGUCAAUUCUUUUUUUAGAAGUCUCAUUACCAAAGUACCGGGAGAUAGGAGCUGAAUUUUCAAAAUGAGAUUUGAUCUUCAUUGAUUACAUAUUGGAAUUGAAAAUGGAAGUAUUAUCAGUUUUGUGAACCAACGCAUCUAAGACCGAAAUGCCUUAUUAAUUUUAAAAGUCAGAAAUCCUUAAUUUUUGUGAUUGAUGUCAGACAAUAACACUGCUUUUCCUAAGUAGGAUAUAAAAAAUUGGUAAAAUGUAGGACAUCAGUUAUUGCACGUGCAACUAAGCUUUUCUCAAAUGGGAUGUUCGGUCUCCUUACCAGUUCGCAAAAACCGGAGGGAUUUGGUGCCGUUGAAGAUCCUCAAUAACAAUGAACAUAACUGUAGGGCCUCCGAGAGGUCCAUGAGGUGUCGAGAGAAAACAACACCCAGAAGCUGGGUAAACAUUGUCAACUCAACUCAAGGCGGUGGUGCCAGUAGAUCAAGAUCUGCAAAAUCAAAAGCAGAAUCACCAAAAUUAUUUGUCGAUACAGAAUUUCUUGCCAACGAUUCUUCGAUCUUCAAAAACAAACAAGUAACCAAACAAGUUGUUUGGAAGCGACCAUCAGAAAUACGACCAAACCCAGUUCUAAUUUCUGAUGGUACGAGUCGUCAUGACAUGAAACAAGGCGAGCUCAACAACUGUUGGUUUCUCUCCACGCUAUCCGCCAUUGCUGAGAAACCGGAACUAAUAAGCAAGAUCAUCCCGAGUGACAACACAUUCGGAACACCUUUUUAUGAUGGAAAAUUUCAUUGCCGCUUCUGGCAAUUUGGCAAAUGGGUGGAUGUAUAUAUUGACGAUCUUCUUCCUACUGUUAAUGACGAAAUUCUGUUUGCUCACUCAUCCGACCCCGAUGAAUUCUGGGUCUCUUUGGUAGAAAAAGCUUACGCAAAACUAAACAAGUCAUACGAGGCACUGGAAUACGGUUUCGAGGCUGAUGCUUUCACAGACCUGACAGGAGGUCUUGCAGAGUGGUACAAUCCUGCAGAACUUAAAGAACAUGAUUUUUACCUCAUAAGAGCUGCUUAUCAAUGCGGAGCUGUGAUUGGUUGUUUGAGUGUUGAUAAAGAGGAUCGUGAUGAAAGAGAAAAGCGAGGUAUGGUAUCAAACCAUUCAUACGUGAUUACUGCUGUGGAAGAAAUCCCGUACAAAUCAGGGACAGCAAAAUUGAUACGAGUCCGAAACCCUUGGGGUGAUACUGAAUGGAAUGGCGCUUGGGGAGAUGGGAGUGAAGAAUGGGGUCAUGUGACAAACGACGUUAAAGAUCAGCUGGAACUACUUUCACGCGACGAUGGCGAAUUCUGGAUGAACUACAACGACUUUCGGCGGGAGUAUUGCAAUAUGAUUGUGUGUAAUUUGUCGCCGGAUUUUGAUCAUGAUGGAAUAAGUGACAGAGCAGAAUAUCAGUUAAGCUUCAAAGGUUCCUGGAAAACUGGUUUGAAUGCUGGCGGAUGGUUGGAAUGUGACUCUUUUUACCAGAAUCCUCAGUAUCUCAUUACUCUUCACACUGACGUUAUGGUCCAGAGACGUUUUAAUGGACGUCUUCCAUUGAUUAUUUCCCUUCUACAAGUAUACAGAAGACAUGAAAAAUUAGACAGUAUUGGAUUAUAUGCAAUCGGUUUCGAAAUUUUUCAGUUAUAUUCAAAACCUUCCGGGGCCCUUGGAAAAUCGUUCUUCGACAAUAAUGACCCACUCAUGCCAGAAAACGAGGAAACAUAUGCAGAAUACAGAGAGACAUCCGGGCGCUUUUUCCUUGAUCCGGGACAUUAUAUUCUUGUGCCAACAACGCAGAUGCCAAAAUUUGAAAGAGAGUACUUAAUGAGACUCUUCUCUGUCUGCAAAAUGGAAUGCAUUCCUAUUGCAAAUUGCUUACCAUGGACACACUGAUGUUUUUCAUCAUCCAGUUUGCGUGUCUUCGGAGUUUCUUCUUAUGCGUCACAGAGUUCACAUUCCAUUGAUUGAUGAUUAUGCAACAUUUUCCAUGUGUGUCAAAAUGUUUUACCAAUGUGCAAUCCUAAUCUGCUGUCAUUUAUUUUUAAUUUCAUGCAUACUUACAUCUCUGUGUCUCUGUUUAAGUCUAAAAUUUAUAAGAAUCAAAGUUCACUCAUUUCAUUCAUUAUCUUUUCACAUUACCCAUAUCACUAUAAACAAUGUA